AUGGCAAGCCUGCUGGAGAGGCACCUGGCGUACGUGGACCACAGCGUCGCGGAGAUGCGCACCUGCGCCGAGAGGAGCCCGCUGUGGAGGGCCGAGAUGUUCUCGGCGGCCGCGUUCCUCCACAACUUCACGGACGCGUGGAGCGGGGAGAGCAUGGGCACCCACCUCGGCUUCUCGCGCGGGGACGGCAGCGCCAUCAACGGCAUGUGCGUGCCUGCCCCGUGCUCCGAGCUCAGGGUCCGCGAGGUGAUUGUCCCGCUGCUCUGGUACUUGAGGCUUUCCGGGUCCAUCCGCGACAUCGCGAUGCCAGAGGCCGCCAUGCGGUUCAAGCUGAACAUGCAGGACCGACCAGAGGUGGUGGACAAUACCUUCAAGGGCGAGCUUCCCCAGGUAUGGCGGCUGCUCGACGUGGAGGUCGAGGGGGCUGGCAGCUGGAGCGAGCUCGACGUCUCCUGGGCCAUCCUGGGCUUCGCUGGCUCUGGUACCAGCACCCUGGCUUGGAACCUGCACCAGCACCCCGAGCUGGAGCUGCUGUACGACCCCGCACAGAUGAGCGUCGGCGAGGAGCGCUUCUUCUUCUACGGCCGGACCUCGCACCUGCCGAACCAGAGGGACGUCUUCGAGAACAACGCCCAGCGCCGGAAGCCUGGGCACCAGCGGCUGCUGCGUGGCGUGAAGCGCUCCAGCUACAUCGAGUCGCCCGCGGCGUUGGCGCGCCUCGCCCAGAUCCCUGGACUGAUCGGCAUCGUCGCGACCAGGGACCCCGUGGAGGCCGCCGAGCGCAUCUACUUGAAGCACGUGGACCCGUGCCUACAGGCGGCCCUGCCGCGGGCCUUCCCGCGGCUCGCGGAGUGCGCGGCGGCUGGCGGCUGCCUGGUCGACUGCGCGGCGGGCUGCGUGGGUGGCCAGGCCGCCCCGCGCCUCCGCCUCGCGCUGGAGGCGUCGCCGAUGAGCGCGCAGCUGCGCUGGGCGGCCCGCACGCUCGGUGCCGAGAGGCUGGUCGUGGCGGACUUCUCGGAGCUGCAGGCGGAGGAGCCGACGCUCGACGCCUCCGCCCCGUUCCCGCCGUCGUCGAGGGUGCGGCGCGAGAACGAGAGGAGGUCCUUCGCACGUGGCGCCCACCCCGUGCUGGCCACCGCGGAGCUGCGGCGCCUGGCCGGGGCGGGGCAGCUGGCUUCUGGGCGCCCGGUGCUGCAGGCCGCCCUGGCGCGCGAGCUCGGGGCCCUGCGGCCGCUGCUCGCGCGGCUGCCCUCUCUGCGGCCCGGCGGCGCGCUGCCGGCGUGGCUGGCGGAAGAGCCGGCGACGUUGACGUCCAUCCACCUGGCUAGGUGGGCCAGGGCGGACGCCUGCAAGGCCUGGGGCGGCUUCACGGCCGUUGCCUUCGCGGUGUUCUGGCUGUUCUCGAGCGGCAGCUUCUCGUUCAUCUUGACGCUGUCCUCGCUGGUGAGCCUCUUCAGCUUCCUCGGCGUGCUCAUCGGCAUUCUGCAGGCGAAGAGCGCGCGUGGCAUCUCCAGCAGGAUGAUGGAGUGCUACUGCCUGGUCUUCGUGGGCCGGCUGCUGGCGAUCGUGCCUUUCGAGGGCUACCUGCCGUUCGACAGAUCGGGUGAUUGGUUCUACCAGCUCAGUGAAGGCAUUGCGCUGUCGCUCGCCUUGGGGAUCGUGUACUUAUGCCGUGUGCAGUGCGCUGCGACCUACGACCGGCAGGCUGACGCACUCAAUAACCUCUGGCUGAUCUUGCCCGCGCUGGUCGUUUCGCUGGUGAUCCACCCGCACCUGAACAACCACACCCCGACGGACAUCUGCUGGGCUUUCGCCCUCUACCUGGAGUCCGUCGCGGUGCUCUGCCAGUUUUGGAUGUUCAUGAACCAGGGGAAGGCGCGCCCGCACAUCACUCACUUCCUGGCCGCCCAGGCUUUGUCGAAGUUCAUGUCCUUCAUUUUCUGGGCUUCCUCUUUCACCGAGCUCAUCAACAAAAACCAUUACAUCAAGGAGCUGGUUGCCUUUUGGGUCGUGGGCAUGCAGAUGGUACAGAUCCUGAUCAUGGUUGACUUCAUCCACAACUACCUCUACUGCAUGUGGUACAGGAUCCCCGUGUCCCAGGUCCUCCGCGCGGACUGCAACGUCUGA